GCUCGGCCGCCGCGGCCGCCGACUCGCACCACUUCCAGUACGUCGGGCCGUACCGGCUGGAGAAGACGCUGGGCAAAGGGCAGACCGGACUCGUCAAGAUGGGGAUCCAUUGCGUGGCGGGACGCAAGGUGGCCGUGAAAAUCAUCAAUCGUGAGAAACUCAGCGAGUCUGUGCUACAAAAGGUCGAAAGGGAAAUCGCAAUCAUGAAGCUCAUCGAACACCCUCACGUCCUGGGACUAUACGACGUCUACGAAAACAAGAAAUAUCUCUAUCUGAUCCUCGAACACGUGUCCGGCGGAGAACUCUUUGACUACCUGGUGAAGAAAGGACGACUCACACCCAAGGAAGCACGGAGGUUCUUCCGGCAGAUCAUCUCAGCCCUGGACUUCUGCCACAGCCACUCCAUAUGUCACAGGGACCUGAAGCCAGAGAACCUCCUGCUGGACGAAAAAAACAACAUCCGGAUAGCGGACUUCGGAAUGGCCUCCCUACAGAUGGAGGGCUCCAUGCUCGAGACUUCCUGCGGCUCUCCGCACUACGCCUGCCCAGAAGUUAUUCGGGGAGAAAAAUACGACGGACGACGAGCCGAUGUAUGGAGUUGUGGAGUCAUUCUCUACGCUCUACUAGUGGGUGCCUUACCGUUCGACGACGACAACCUUCGCCAGCUUCUCGAGAAGGUGAAGCGAGGCGUGUUCCACAUCCCACACUUCGUGCCACCCGAGUGCCAAGACCUCCUCCGGGGAAUGAUUGAAGUGAACCCGGAGAAGAGACUCACGCUGGCCGACGUGACGAAGCAUGCUUGGGUUACAGCCGGAAGCAAGACAGAGCUGGAGUUGGAGCUGCCCAUGAGGGAAGUUGUGCAGACCCACAUCAUUCCCUGCGUGGACGACAUCGACCCGGAUGUCUUGUCGAACAUGACUUCUCUAGGAUGUUUCAAGGACAAGGAGAGACUGGUCAAGGAAUUGCUCAGUACGACCCACAACACGGAGAAAGUGAUCUACUUCCUGCUGCUUGACCGGAAGCGCCGGAAACCCUCGUACGAAGACGAGACCGAGAUCAUUAUCCGUAGCCGGUCCGAAUCGGGUAAGGAAAAUAGACCUGACCCACCACGGAAAAGAGUGGAUACGUGUCAAGUCAACGGAAGAGCGGGUCCCAGAUAUUCCUUCGACAUGUUGAGCGACGGAUCUCCGAUCACGCCGCGGAGGUACCCGUACGGCAUGCGUCGCGGCAGCGGCGCCGGCGGCCUGCAUCCGGGCAGCGGCAUCCCGAGUCCCGCGGUGUCCCCGCUCAACUCGCCCAGGCCUUCUCCGCGCGGCGCCACGACCCCGGACGAGAGCCCCCUCAACACGCCGCCGGGCUCCCCGUCCCUGAGCCAGCCCUACUGGCGCUCGCGGCUCCACACCAUCAAGAACAGCUUCCUGGGAAGUCCGCGCUUCCACAGGAGGAAGAUGCAGAUGCCAUCCGCGUCAGACGAAGUCAGCCUAACCCCCGACUCGUCGCCAGAGCUCUCGAAACGCUCCUGGUUCGGCGGCCUGAUGACCAACGAGAGAGAAGAGAGCCAUGUGAUACUGGUGAAGGACCGUCCUCUAAGUUCCGUCAAGGCCGAUCUCAUUCACGCCUUUCUGUCGAUCGCCGACCUGAGCCACAGCGUGGUGUCUCCGAUGUCCUUCCGAGUGGAGUACAAGCGACCCAGCAGUACGACAAUGUUCCAGAGGAACGUCCGCUUUCACGUCGACAUCAGCAUCGUCGGCGACGGAAGCCCCAAUGGCGGAGGUGCCCUGGACAACAAACCGGCCGUCUACUGCAUCAGCUUUACGCUGAUUUCGGGUCCCAUCCGGAGGUUCCGUCGCAUCUGCGAGCACAUCCAGGCCCAGAUACUGGGCCGACGGCCCGGGAGCCACUCGCCCCGCUUCAGCCGGCGACCCCCGACGUCGGAACUGAGCGACAGCUCUUCCUGCGGCUCGGAGUCUCUGUCGCCGACCCAGGCGGCAGACGACCUGGCACACACGCUGGCCUCCGCCGGACAGCCCAUGGCGCGCUGCAAGUCCGACCAGGAAGCCGCCUGCGACAUCUUUGAGCGAGAGGCCAAGGCGGCGGCCGCGGCGGCCGCGGCUUGCCACCGCCGCGUGGUCAUCGACAGCCAGUCCAUCGCCAACGGUCGAAGGCUCAGCUACGACCUCAAGGGUUCCAGGGACAAGGUCUGACCCCACCGGCCGUGAGCUACGAGGUGUCUCUUUUCCGUCGGCCCCUUUGGGGGGUCGGAGCGACGCAUCCGCGAACAACGUGCGCGUCCGCUCGAGGCUGAGCGUAGGGCCCCUGCCGGAUGGUUUGAAGGACUCCCGGAAGCUAUCACUGCUAUUCUUUCCCCGCGUGUCGGAGAGACAGUGAAGAAAACCGUCUUCAUCCUUGGAGACAAGUUGGGCGCUUUGUUACUAGUCUUCGAGGGCAAGAUUACAUCUGCUCCAAGGCAACAUCCCACACACCGAAGCGUUUGGGACUCGUCGACCAAAAAAAAAAAUGGACUGCUGUGUACUUAAAUUUAGUCUCCUGCAUGGAUCACCGCCGCGAUGGAAGUGGCUGGUUUUGUUUGGUUCUGUUUUAAGAGUGGAGCACGGGAUGACUGAUUUCACACGCCUCGAGCAAAAUAACUAGGUGGUUCAAGGAAAGACACCACUCGGUGAGAGGCUUCCACAGAGAAGUACGCGCCUAGGUCAGUUCAACUACCCAAAGUUUCAGCUGUCGCAGUAGUGACGCAAGCCGCCUAUACUUCAAUGAAAGCAUUCCUCUCGAAUUUCCCCUAGGAUAACGAAAAAGAGUCAUACUCACAGUGAGAAAGGUUAGAUCCGAAAGAGUGGAAUGCAGCACGAUCCUAAGCUUGUCAUGGACAGAGGGUCAUGGGUUGAGGCAAGAAACCGAUGCUACGACGUAGACGUGCGAUGGUUCUGACACUACCCCAUGAUCGUUUGUUCCGCGUGAGUGACCGCGAAACCCGUCUUCAAGUCUCGAAAGGCUCACAUAACUUAUGUAAGCAGUUGUCCAAGCAUAGUGCUAUGUGUGUACUCGCGAAUCAAACCGCUCAGUGUCUACGCCCUUGGCAAGCUAAGAGGCCACGAAAGACGUAUCUCAUGAUCCUGUGGGCCUCUUGGACAGGAACCGCAAGUACCCCAAGUCCCAUAGCCGUUGUAAACCCGCCAAACCGCUCCGACAACCCCGCUCUGGUCGGAGCGCGCUCUCCGCAUGCCAGCCCCGUCUGCGAUUCCCGUAUAGUGUUAAACAUGGAUCCCCAAAACCUCAGCUUUCGAUAUCUUCGAUCAUUUCCGGAGUCCUGUUCGUCUUCGUCAUGCUGCCCCGUCCUUCCAACGACGUGGACACAACGAGCAGAGAACCACACCAAGCUCUCCUUCAGUGAUCAUCUUCUGGAUUGGUUACUUCAUGAGCGAGAACAGUCGGCCAUGGCUGGAAUAAUUUGAAACCAUCGUUGCCAGGCCGUAUCUUCACGUGAUACAUGUAAAUGCAUCUAAGCUAAACAAAACAUGCCCGUCAGUCACUAAACCGAACGAUCCAUAACAAUGUUCAAGAACCCUCAAUGCUGCAAACGUAUUAAGUCACUUCUCUUAACAUAAAGGAACCAGAUACGUUAGUCAUCACCAAUCAUUGUGGAUGAGCCGUUACUGUGGAAACUAAUGUAUUUGGAGGCUAAAAUUGUGAAUUUCGAAAACCCUUAGUCAAGAGAAUUCGGACGCCCUACCUCUUUCUAUUUUCCCUUUGGUUGGUCUUUCUUCUAAAUAUAGUAAACUGUGCAUCCUCCAAUCGGAGCUCACCUUCGUGUCUCGUUAGCCUUAUUGGUUAGGGUUCGUCCUCUUAUUUUCCACAUUGCUUUCUAUAAUCAACACAAAAGUGGCAGUGAACAAAACUAAGUAUAUUUUGCGGAUUUUAGGAAUCGAAACUGCAUUGCAUUGUUACUUAUUGUACUAUUACGCAUAAUCGCGAGAAUGCAUAAGGAUGAGAUGGCUGCACAUUUUAUGUCGCCCCCUUUCAAGGAGUUUGACGGGCAAUACUUAAACCGACUACAAUGGGGAAAUACUUUCACGCUCUUAAUACGUGCAAUGGCUUCCGAAUCAAAAUCUCGAUACACCGAGUCACUCCGGUCAUUCAAAUGCGAACUUGUACAAAUUGAGAAGAAAACUUCAGACACGAAGAAAACAUAUCCACCAACACGUACUCUACGCAUUGAUUUUGUUAUCACCCGCAACUUCCAACGUUGCACCACAGGACAAAUAGAACGGGUGGCUCAUGUUAAAACAGGAACUGAAGAAGCGUUCAUGAGAGUUUGCACCUCAUGUUUCCACGUCUUUUCAUUACGAGACAGAUUAUAUAUUUUUAAAUUCGGGCUAUUUUGUGUUACCGCCAAGCUUCUUUGCUGCGACAUCUUGGAUGAGAACGGUGCGCACAUUACGUGCAUGUAGUUGUGACCGCGUUCGUCAACUUUUAGUCCGAAAUGAUGCUUGACCUUUACGGUCUAAGUUAUAAUUUUGACGGCCGGCCAUGUGCAAUAGAAGUUCGGCGCGAAAGGCUCGUCCUAUGGGCGAUCUGGAUAAGCUGACCUUUUCAAGACAUCGCUCCUAAACGUUCAAUUAUAUUUUGUAUAUAUAUUUCACAUAAAUGUAUGUAUAGAGGUGUACAAAGCAUGCAAAUUGAGCUCGUGUUUGGUAGUCUGUUAUUUUAAAGGGCCUUCAUGCAGAGGUCAAAACAUUUGCUUCCUUUUUUUUUCGCUGCCAAGCUUGCAAUAUUAUUUUUGUUAUACUCAAGUACAGCCGAUAACGUAGGAGGGUGUCCAUGUCGUAUCAGAAAUCUCCAAUUUGGACGACUCUUUCUAUAAGCCCACCCAUAUGUUUCAUGGUCGAGAGGGCGCGGUGAAGUUUCUGUUUCAUUUUAUUUUUUUAAUUUUUGGGACGUGGUAAGGAAACUGUUUGAGAGGGACCUCCAUUGUUGAUUGAGCCCAUAGUGUUUCUGCUGCUUAGCAGUUCUGCUAAUAUUUGAUACAUGCCGCUAGGGGUUCACUUUUGUGAGAUAUUUACGAGUCUUGAUUUGAAAAAAAAAAAUUGAAAGUGACAGGGCAAAUCGCGGAUGUCAUACCUAUAGACGUAUUUCUUAGUUCUAUUUAAUUAUUUCUCGUACAAAUUAAUUGAGACAAUUGUCCCCAAACCUGCACCACAACACAACAAGAAUAUAAACUUGACAUGUCAGUCCUACUGCGCAAAUUUGACUGUUUAAAAGAGCCGUAGUAUUUCGUUCGAAACCUGAAGAGUCUCGCUGUAAUUUUAUCCAGAUUUUACGCGAUUUAUCACACGUUCAGUAUCGACAACCGCUGAACGAGCGCGUGUGCCGCAACCUCGGAUCGUGAAGUCUGGAAUUCGAACCAUAUUGUUUUCUCUAAUUUAAUAAAUGAUCGGUUUUCAAGCGAAGACAAGAUGUUUUGCCGCCAGUUUGUUUUGGAGUGGUUCAAGAGGAAGGACGGGUCAGAAACAGAGAAAAGGAAAGAGAGCAUUGAAAAGAGAGAGAGAGAGAGAGUGGUCGACGUUUGGUAUGCACAAGCCCAAUACAGGACUCGGAAAGUUUGAGAGCGAACGUUUGUAGACAAAGCUCUGUUGCGAACUUUGCGUUUGAAGAAGGAACAGCGCACAAGAUGAACGCUUCGUUGGCGCUGCGUUCCGUUUCUUCAGGUCUAGAAGCCUUAAACAAACUCGUAGGUGUAGCCAAUGCAACAGCGAUUUGCCCCUACUCCUCGUCAUCAUGCUUCUUUUUUUUUUCUUUGCUUUUUUUCUCGCGCUGCUUGCGCCACUAGCUCGAACGAACUGCUAACUUUAAUUUGUGUUGUUGCUCGAGUGAGAAAAAAAAAUACACACAUCGCACCGAAGGUUGUAUACUAGGUAUACGAGUGUUUCUUAUUAAACCUGUAUAUAA